UUCCUGGAGACUGACCGAAUCCGGAAGUGAUCCUCGAGAACCAACUUUCUGCCGAGGACCCCGGUAGCAGGCGUGGGUUUGGGACCAUGAGCUGGAUCCCAUUUAAGAUCGGGCAGCCCAAGAAACAGAUUGUCCCCAAAACAGUGGAGAGAGACUUUGAACGGGAGUAUGGAAAACUGCAGCAGCUGGAGGAGCAAACCAAGCGCCUGCAGAAGGACAUGAAGAAAAGCACGGAUGCCGACCUGGCCAUGUCUAAAUCUGCUGUGAAGAUAUCCCUGGACCUACUCUCCAACCCGCUGUGUGAGCAGGACCAGGACUUUCUGAACAUGGUGACAGCCCUAGACACAGCUAUGAAGCGGAUGGAUGCCUUCAACCAGGAGAAGGUGAACCAGAUCCAAAAGACAGUGAUUGAACCCCUGAAAAAGUUUGGCAGCGUAUUCCCGAGCCUCAACAUGGCAGUGAAGCGGCGGGAGCAGGCCUUGCAAGACUACCGGAGGCUGCAGGCCAAGAUGGAGAAGUAUGAGGAAAAGGAGAAGACUGGCCCGGUGCUGGCCAAGCUCCACCAGGCCCGAGAAGAGCUGCGGCCUGUACGGGAAGACUUUGAAGCCAAGAACAAACAGCUCCUGGAUGAGAUGCCACGAUUCUAUGGCAGCCGACUUGACUACUUCCAGCCCAGCUUUGAGUCCCUGAUCCGGGCACAGGUCGUGUACUACUCAGAAAUGCAUAAGAUCUUCGGAGACCUCACCCAGCAGCUUGACCAGCCAGGCCACUCAGACGAGCAGCGGGAGCGGGAAAACGAGGCCAAACUAAGUGAGCUCCGAGCCCUCUCCAUCGUGGCUGAUGACUGAGCCCCAGUCCCUCAGGAGUCCUUAGACUCCUUGGGACACAGAUGACAUCUCUGUAGUCUUCGCUCUUAGCAGGCAUGGAUUCAUGCCUGACCUCCCAAUGGUCUGCCAGUUGGAGACAGGUGGUCACUAGUCUACCUUGCCAGUCCUCUGACGUGAAUGUCUCCAUCUCCUUGAGCUGAUAUUGGGAACCUCACAGGCUGCUGUUACCCCCUGCCCAAUGCUGAUAAGCAAUGUAGAAAAAACCCAGGGGCCUGUUUACUUCCAGAACCGUCCAGAAUGUGCUAUAUAUACUGUCUGGCCAGCAGGAGCUUCGGCCUUUAGAAGGGUCUGGGCUUCCUGUGUAACUUGGGGGCCUUAGCUCUGACUACCUCCAGAGGACCUACUCUAGGGAAUCCACCAUCCCCUCCCCUCGUGACGCUUCAGCCUGUUGGGUGAGAGGCAGGGCCCUGGGGAGCAGCACUCUGGUCCCUCUGCUGCGGUGGGCCCCUCAUGCCAACAUAACCCAAGCUGGUCCCCUGCAGGUCCAGCUAGGGACAAGGCCUGGGUGUUUACCUUUCCCUGGUACACGGACUUUGUUUCUAGCUGACUACUAUACAGAAUGUCACACGUUGGUCCACAGGCCUCAAAGCAAGGCUGUGUCUCACCUGUGUUGUUGGAAUUUUAUUUUCAAGUAAAGUUUCCAGUAAAACACUA